CCAGUCUGCUGGCAGAGGCUCAGCGCUUAUUAUUGACUGCUCCGCUCUCCCGCUACUGUCUCUGUCUUUAUUUUGAAUUAGUCGCACAUCUUUUAACUCUUCUUCAUGCUCAGCGUCACGGCGGAGCGCUCCUGUCAGGUCGACUGUGCGGACGGAUGGCCGGUAGCGAUCAUGGAGCACAAGCCGAGCAUCGAGUAUCACGACCUGGAGGCAGCGGAGGCGCUGGUCAGCAUGAGCUUCUGGGGGCAAAGGUCGCACAAGCCCCGCCCGCUGACCCCCACCUCCGACUCCUGUGACUCCAUCCAGCUCCACCCGGAAGGCGGAGACAACACCAAGGACCUGAUCGCCCUGUCGUCUCUGUGUAUGACUCCACCUCACAGUCCGAGCUUCGUUGAGGCCUCUACCACUGCUGUCCUCACCACCACAUGCGCUCUAAGCCCCGCCUCCAGACCACUCCUACCCCGCCCCGGUCUCCUAAGCGACUCCCACAGUGGCCUCCCCCGACCCUCCUGCUCCGUCACCUCAGAGACCUCGGCGCUUCCACCUCCUCACACGGAGUCGUCCUCUGUGGCGCUGCCCGGCAGAGCGAUGGCCACCAGUGUCAUCCGCCACACGGCCGACAGCCUCGCCGUUCCCACACCGCCUCCCCCCGCCGCAGCCGCCCCGCCCACGGAAACCUCCACACUGCUGCUGCCGCCGCCGCCACCCAAAACUCCAGAGAUGCUUCAGGAGAGCGGGCAGCAGCAGCAGGACGGACCUCCUCCAUGUCUUCACAGCUUCGCCUCCUCUUUAUCUCCUCCUCACUCCUCCCCGCUGUCUUCCUCCUCUUCCUCUCCGGUCUCCGGCUCUCCGGUCCUGUGCCAGGUGUUCCCCGUGAGCGGCCGGACGGGGAUGAUCUCCGCCUUCGUCCAGACUCCGGUUCAGGUGCAGACUCAGGGGGGCCCCAAACCCAUCCUGCCCCAGUCUCCUUCCAGCUUCGCCCAGCCCCUCCUGGUGGGCUCCGCCGUUCCGCAGGGGACCGUGAUGUUCGUGGUCCCCCAGGCGCCCGUGUCCCAGACGUCGCAGGGCCCGCAGACUGUCAUGACGCUGGGCAACACCAAACUCCUCCCGCUGGCCCCGGCUCCGGUUUACAUGCCGUCAGGAGCGGGCGGCGGAGCCUCGCAGGCCGACUUCUCCCGCAGGCGGAACUACGUCUGCAACUUCCCCGGCUGCAAGAAGACGUACUUCAAGAGCUCACACCUGAAGGCUCACCUGCGCACACACACAGGUGAGAAGCCGUUCAGCUGUCACUGGGAGGGCUGCGACAAGAAGUUCGCCCGCUCCGACGAGCUUUCCCGCCACCGCCGCACGCACACCGGAGAGAAGAAGUUUGUCUGCAACGUGUGCGACCGCCGCUUCAUGCGCAGCGACCACCUGACGAAACACACCCGGCGACACAUGACCACCAAGAGGGCGUCGUCAUGGCCCGCCGAAACCUGUGACCUCAACAAAGUGGCUCUGCCGAAGGGCCCCAACAGAGGCCCCGUGCUUCCUGUCGGCAUGCUGGUCCCCGCAGCCAACUAAUGGACUCAAUCAGGAGCCUACAGGGCCAACUCAGGACCCCGGGGUUUUUGGGGAGGGGGGGGGGGGUUUACGGCCGCUGGCCAGACUCUUACAGGCUGAAGGAGACUGAUUGGAUCAGCUCCAGCAGCCACAUCAGGAGGCUUUUCUACAAAUCACACUCAGCUGCUGCACAAUUUCAGCUCCGACUGCGUCUACACACCGACUCGGGAAAGGUUUACAGCUCUCAGAUCAACAAAUUAAUGGUUAACGUUUUAAACAUUGAUUAAACAGGUUACUAUGGAAACCAACAACAGGGCUGGACAGGAAGUAAGGUAGUUUUUUUUUAUAGCAGGAAGUGACUUUUUGUGACCACACGUUCCACUUGAGCAACUUCCGCUAUUUCCAGUUCGCUUUAAUUCAUCUGUGAUCGUAUCGUAGUUACAUUUUCACUCAAGAUGACCAAAAAGAAACGUAUUCUCUGUUUGGGGUCGUGGAACAUAUCAUGGCAGGCGGUUUCUGUCUACUUCGUACAAAUCGCAAACGUCUUAAUAAUCAAACGUGUAAUAUUUCUCUCGUAGAUUCUCAUCAACACGUAACAAGGCACGUCCAAAA